CCUCAAUCUCCAGCAGCAGUCACCUCCGAUUUCCAUGGCGGAAACUCAAUCCACCCACCCCAAAACCGGCUACUGCUCCGCAACCAGAAUCUAUCACAGCCUCUUCCCCCCCUCCCCCCUCCCUCCGCCCUCAUCCCCCCUCUCCAUCUCCUCCUACGCCCUCUCCCUCCUCCACUCCCCCGCCAACCUGACCUCCGCCGCCCUCUCCACCACCGCAUUCCUCAUCGACGCCGACUCCGCCGACCGCCUCACCUACUCCGCCUUCCUCCAGCGCGUCACCUCCCUCUCCUCCUCCCUCACCUCACUCAUCUCCCUAAACGACGUCGCUUUCGUCCUCUCCCCGCCCUCGUUUCACAUCCCCGUCCUCUACUUCGCCCUCCUCUCCCUCGGCGUCGCCGUCUCCCCCUCCAACCCCCUCGCCUCCCAAUCCGAGCUGGCACACCAAAUCCAGCUCAGCAAACCCUCAAUCGCCUUCACCACCUCAGCAUUAGCUCACAAAAUUCCCCCAAAUCUCCCCGUCCUCCUCCUCGAUUCCCCUGAAUUCCUCUCCAUGCUUCAAUUUAGGUCUCCAAUCACCAACACCACCGCCGCCGUGAAACAGUCCGAUCCCGCCGCGAUCCUCUACUCGUCCGGCACCACUGGUAAAGUAAAAGCGGUGGUGUUGACUCACCGCAACCUGAUCGCGGUGAUAGCGGGAUACUACCAUAAGAAAUUAUCCGACGACGCGAAACGCGGCGUUUUCGAGCAUCCCGUGUCGCUGUUCACCCUGCCGCUGUUCCACGUUUUCGGGUUCUUCAUGCUGAUUAGGGCGGCGGCGAUAGGGGAGAGCCUGGUGCUGAUGGGGAAGUUCGAUUUCGUGAAGAUGCUGGAGGCGGUUCAGAGGUACAGAGUGAUGUAUAUCCCGGUGGCGCCGCCGGUCAUCGUGGCGAUGGUGAAGUCGGAUUUGGUGGACAAGUAUGACCUGAGCUCGCUGCAGCUGCUGGGAUCGGGCGGCGCACCGCUGGGUGAGGAUGUCGCCGAGCGCUUCAAGGCUAGAUUCCCCAACGUGGAUCUUAUUCAGGGCUAUGGUAUGACUGAGACUGCAGGAGGGGUCACGCGCUCAACUGAACCUGACGAGGUCAAGCGAUAUGGAUCUGUAGGCCGCUUGGCUGAGAACAUGGAAGCCAAGAUAGUUGAUCCUGAGAGUGGGGAGUCCUUACCUCCUGGACAGCGUGGCGAGUUAUGGCUACGAGGACCUGCAAUUAUGAAAGGUUAUGCAGGAGACGAGGCAGCUACAGCUGCAACGUUGGAUCCAGAAGGGUGGUUAAAGACUGGGGAUCUUUGUUAUUUCGACUCUGAUGGUUUACUCUACAUCGUUGAUAGGUUGAAAGAAUUGAUAAAAUACAAGGGAUAUCAGGUUCCUCCAGCAGAGCUGGAACAUUUACUUCAGUCGAUUCCUCAAAUUGCUGACGCAGCAGUGAUCCCAUAUCCUGAUGAAGAAGCCGGUCAGAUUCCCAUGGCCUAUGUUGUGCGAAAACCCGGUGCCACCAUCACCUCAUCUCAACUAAUGGAGUUAAUCGCGAAACAGGUUGCUCCAUAUAAGAAGAUUCGACGCGUUGCAUUUGUGGAUGCAAUCCCAAAAUCUCCAGCAGGAAAGAUCUUGCGGCGCGAGCUGGUUCGUCUUGCUCUCUCCGCUUCUUCAUCUAAAUUGUAGAAAGACAAAUACAUCACAUUCUGUUGGUAGCUCUCGAUUUAGAAGGAAACAUAUGUUACAUUGCAACAUUCUUGUUACCAAUUCUUCCUUUUUUUCCUUCUUGUAAUCGCCCAAUAAUUAAAUGCCGAAGUGAAAAUAGAUAAAUGAAACUUUUGGUGUUUUGUUUAACUGUAGUUGGAGCUUGUAAAUUUUGCCCGUUAUUGGCAUGUGAAUUUUCAUCUUUUCCGAUUUCAGUCAGCAAAAACAGUUGAUGCCAGUUAGUCGAAUAAAAUUGUUCAUUGUACC